UGAAGCAGCGUGGUUACCGGUCAGACAUGCCAGUCAUAUGACUACAAAACCAUUUUGAUUUCAAUCUCUAAAUCAACCUUCCAUAUGUUAACCGCAAGCAUGCAAAGGCCUAGCUAAUCAGUUAGCCAUUAACGAGGCCUGUAACGUCAGUUGGUUAACAUUAGCUGUAACGUAGUCUACACGUUACAAAUGGCGACACGCUGUCGGGCUGUACCUUGACAGUUUGCUAUCAGGAAUAGCAACAGAAGCAAGACAGCUAGUGCCCUAUCCGGCUACGGCAUUUUACCCGCAUUGCUACAAAUGCGCAGGGGUAUUGCUAGGGACAUUGUGUUUUGUACUGUGCCGGUUAGCUGAUGAGCUAUAAUCAUAUUUUGUCGGAUGUAUGGACACUGGUCUCACGGACACGUUUUUUAACCAAUCGUGUGCACACUGCGUGCAAUUGGAGUAAUAUUGCAUAUGCAACGUGCAUGUCAGUAUGUUGAUUGACUUGACUUAACCAACCCUGUGUCCGUAGGGAUACUUCGCUAGCAUACAUGCUGUCUGUUUCUUCGUGAUUUCUCCAACUUCGCAGCUGCGUUGUCUGUCAGCCUGGUUUAGCCGGCGAUCUGUCUGUAGUCAGGGGAGAUAAGAGAUUGACCGAGUCUGAGUGUGAAUGGUUAUGUUUGCUUGCUCAUUCUCUGUGCGUACCUAAGCACCAAGCAGGAGCGGACUUUGGCAGUGCGCAGCGCAUUUGGACUAAAGCUUAAUCUUCGCCGAAUAUGAAAGAACAGGCUUUGCAGUAUCUGCUAUUUUAAUUUCACUCCUGCGGUCGUGCAGUAGGAAAAGCGCGUGGCCUCUACCACCGCCCUGCCGUCCUUGAAGGGUGUCAUGUCGUCUGUGAAAUAUACUUGGGUCGUUUGAAUGCAAACAUUUGUACAGGCCGAAUUCCUGAUGGUUUAUUUUGGCAAUACAAGUGAAUGUUUAAAGUGCCGAUUAAGUACACUGCUGUGCCAACUCUGCGACACCGUUAUCACCAAGAAAGCAGCUUAGAUUUGAGGUGGAGGUUAUUACCAUACUGGUUAGAUAUCCUAAAUUAUAUUUUAAUGUAAUUUGUAGUUUAUCUUUUGUCCUUGCAUAAAAAGCUGAAGUCACAUGUUAGUGAAAAGAUGAUAUUUGGGUAUUAGUUAUAGUCAUGCUUCUCUUGUUUUGGCCAUUUUUAAUGAAAGGUGGUGAGAGAUUUGGCUAAAUUCUCUUUUCAUUCAUCCUCAUGAAUUUGAUUAUCUCAAAUGAACUGUCUGCUCAAUGAAUGAUAUGUGCCUGGGUGGUGGAAGUUUUGGUGACAGUUUGUUCCCUUGAUAGAUUUAGUUAAUUUACCCGCCCACCCAAUUGUCAUGUUGCACAAAAACGGCUGCUCCCCCUCAGUACAUUAAUUUUGCAUGCAGAAUUUCAAAAGUAUGAUUGAAUGAUGUUCAGGAUCUGCUGUUUGAGAUCACAUUUGAAGUGUCUGCCUCUUGUUCAUUAUUUAUUAUUAAUGUGCUUGGCCAGAUGCCCUUACGAAGGGUGACUUGCACAACUCGCCUUGUUGAUACUGUUCAGGUCUGCAGCAGGGUACGUCUAGUGCAAAAAUUGGAUAAAAUAGUUUGCUCAAGGUUAUGACAGCAGUGGGAUUUGACCCCACUACCCUGGUGGCAACUUUCAAGUUCUCUGACGGGUCAGUUGUACCAUUCUGAGGGUCCAGAGCUCACAAAACGACACCUGAAUCACCCCUGUGUCUAAGGAACCCCCUGUAUCCUUUGGGCUACAGUGUAGUCAUCACUAUAUAACACACUAAGAUAUGGAUGUAUAUAGCUGUGAUGUCAUUGUAUCACCUAUCUAUAUCACAUGUCUAUUUUUGUACAAUAUGGCUUCUUUAUUUACUAUUUAGAAUGACCACAAAGUUGUCAAGGUGUGUAAAUCUGGCAGUGUUUAUUUUAUCCUGAAGUCUGUAUAAAAUAUGAAAUGUAGACUGUUAAAUAUGGAAAUAUAAGAUACUUGUACUUAGAGGGGAAAUAUUUUUCCCAUUUUCAGAGGUGCUGGUGGUCACCAUACCUCAUUUUGGAAGCCUCUGAGCUAGACAGGGAUACUGACUACAUCUGCAGCAUCUUUUGAGAUGAGCAGCUGAGGAGGGGAAAAAAGCACACCUGUCUACUUCCAUGCGAUUUCACACAGCAGAUACAGCUUGCACACACACUGGAACAGGUUUACAGGUACCCCGAAUUAAAAAUAAAACCAUGCAGUAGUGUAGAACGAUGGUUAGGAAACUCGAUUUGUAUCCUGAAGGUUGCGGGCUUGAUUCCAAAAUGGGAUGCUGCCUUUCGGGUCCUAGCUGGGGCACUGCUUUUGUAGCAAGCUGUUUAACCUGAAUUGCUUUGGUGAAAUAGCCAGCUGUAUAAAUUGAUUGUAUGUAACAAUGUAAUCUCUAAAUCGCUCUGGAUAAGAGUAUCUGUUAAGAGUUUAAAUGUAAUGUAAUCAAAAAUACAAGCAGCCUUGGUUAUGAAAACUGCCGUGUAAAUGUUUACCUAGAGAAUUCUGUUCACACUCACCUCUACAUGCUCUGGAGUCUGGAACAACAGAUGACUUACUUGCACACAAUAAUAGGAAACUACUUGUAGCAGGGCAUGCUAAAUCCCAUGUUUUCUGUAAGGAACAGUGUAUUUAUGUUGAAAAAAGAAAUGCAAUUUAAUGGCAAAAUGAAAGCCUGUAUAUUGAAAAUGUGUUUUAUACCCUCUACAUCUUAACUAUGUACUUUGCAUGUGCAUUUACAUUAAUCUGAUAUUCAAAUACUUUCUUCGUUCUCUAGUCUAGAUAAGUAUUUGAAGUUUUGAACCAUACUUGUUUUACACUGCCAUGGAUUAGAGAUCUACAUUUAGCGAAUCCAUCCAGUUUUAACAAUUCCAGCAGGAAAAUUCAAAAACCUGAAGACUAAAGCCUAUUUAAGGUUUAAUGCAGUGUUCUCAUUUAGUAAGCGGACGUUCGAUUCAAGAAACCGCAAGGUCGAUUCCAGAAACCGCGUGCCAGGGCUUGAACAGACACCCUCUCGGCACAGAAAUGAUAGACAGGGCUGCCAAAGUCUCUUCUUAAUUUUACGCAAAUAUUAAAUAAAAUAUUUGCUUUGAGUUGGCUUCCCGUAAUGUAUGUGUCGGGCGGUGUCAUUUUCAGGAUUUUGUUGUGUCAAGAGUAUCUACAAGUUGGCAAACAGUGCAACAGCAAGUUCGUUAUCAACCUGGGCGUUGGAUAAAUUGUUUAAUUCGCAGAAAUGUUAUCCGUCUCUACUGCCUGGGAGAGCAGGCGAUUGGUAUACUUGGCGUAAAUUCGAGCUGGUGUUCCUGAGAUAUGAGGUUUGAUAACUAGUGAUUUUAACCUUGAAAGUCGCCCUUUUGGCUCCAGGUUUAUGCACGUGUUAUUUUACAGGGCAAAAGAACGGUUGUGAUAUCCCAGGGACUUCGGUGCAUGCAGCUCGUGGGCUUUAUUUUCGCUUUGAAACUUGUCGCCGUUUUCCGGUGUCGGCCGAUAUGUCUGCUCUUCACCAUGUGCUCGGCUGCUGGCAUUAGACAGUCAUGCCGAGUAGGUGGGGAUUAAAGUCCGGAAACAACUGCUGCGGCAGCGCAAGCGCGCGCUCAGAGAUUUACUCCCAGCGGCCGAUUUAGGAACAGUUAAUCCAGCCCUUAAUCACCAGCGGCUCUGUUAUCCGAAAGGCAGACACUGAUCCUGGAUCAGUGUGUAAGGACGGGAGGGUUAAGGUUCGAAAGUCUCAAAUCCACCAAGCGCUCUAAACCCCACAGAUUGACUUUGCUCUCUGCCAAUAGCAACGCGGGGCACUUGUUUGGUAGCGAACAAGUGUGUUAAAAGUGGAGUAGCGAGCUAGUUAGCGGCAGAUAAGUAUGUUUGUGAGCGUGACGGGGGAGGGAGGCGGAGGCAAUGAAUGAGCGAAUGAGAGGCCGUCCUAAGGGCCAUCGAGGGCGCCUUUUUACCUCGCACGCUUUUGGGAAAUAUUCGUCUUCCAUCGGGCCACACUAAAAUUUACUUUUAAAAGGCCUUUAGACCGUUUAUAACGUUGGACACUACGAACACAAACCGGACAAGCCAUUGGUGUGACGAGAAUGCUUUUAUUCGUCGAGGUCACCUCAAAGGGAGCAGGAUUGAACCCCAAUGCUAAAGUGUGGCAGGAGGUCCCUGCAGCCCCCAGCGAGGCACCUGCCGAUGGCAGUGAAGGCUCUCAUUGGCCCCAGACAGUGCCCUCCCCGGAUGACAUCACUGAAGGAUACUCGGACUGCUCUGCCCCUGGAUGCAAGCCCCUCCCCUUGGACUUCUCCUGCCUCACGGAUGGCAGCCCCCAAGUACCCGCAGAGAACGCAAUUAAUGGCAUGGACCCCGUCCCGGACCUUGGGUACAUCCCAUCUCACCUCACACCUGGGACUUCAGAAGGCCAGUUGCCGGAGGAGCAGCCAAUCUCGGUUGAGGCCCUGCGUGAAUCCCUAAAGAAGCAGCUGGAGUCGUGCUUCUCCCGGGAGAACCUGUCCAAGGACCUUUACCUGAUCUCUCAGAUGGACAGCGACCAGUUCAUCCCCAUCUGGACCAUCGCCAGCAUGGAGGGCAUCAAAACCCUGACCACAGACAUGGGCCUCAUCUUGGAUGUGCUCAGAUCCACGCCCAUGGUCCAGGUGGAUGAGAAGGGGGAGAAGGUGCGUCCCAAUCACAAGCGCUGCAUCAUCAUCCUGAGGGAGGUGCCCGAAGCCACGCCCGUGGAGGAAGUGGAGUCUCUCUUUAAAAAUGACAAUUGUCCAAAGGUGAUAAGCGUGGAGUUCGCACACAAUAACAACUGGUACAUCACAUUCCAGUCGGACACAGACGCACAACAGGCAUACAGAUACUUAAGGGAAGAAGUCAAAACAUUUCAGGGAAAGCCAAUCAUGGCGAGGAUAAAGGCCAUCAACACCUUCUUUGCGAAGAACGGUUACCGCAGCCUGGACUCUGGCCUGUACUCCCAGCAGUCCCAGUCCCAGUACAGCUCGCCCCUCUACAUGCAGCAGGUGUACAGCCCUCAGCAGCAGUACCCCCUCUACGGAAUGGUCCCCCCGACAUGGACACCCUCCCCGACGCCGUACUUCGAGACCCCCCUGGCACCCUUUCCCAACAGCGGCUUCGUCAAUGGAUUCAGCUCUCCCGGCCACUACAAAACCAACUCCAGCUCCCUGAGCACCGGCAGGCUCUUCAGCCGGAACCGUGCUCCACUCUAUUCCAGAAAGAAUGUACUAAAUGCCUUCAGGAACCACGUGAAGCCUCAGCCCAGAACCAGCGAUUUGGCCUCGCCCUCCGGAUCUCCUGUUCCGCUGGUGGACGGCACCUCGGGGGCCCGCAGCCCCCUGCCCCCACGCACCGGUGGUCCCGAGUUGAGCCCCUCCUUCCCCUCCAGGGACGCCCACCUCUCGCCUCCUGAGAUCAGCGAGGAUGGCGGUUUGGCCGGCAGGGGCAGGAGGGGCCCGUUCCGGGGGAUGAGGAGGAAGAGGGACGAUGACCGCACCACGAGGCCACUCCCACUAGCUGAGGUCAAAGUUCAACAGCCCAAAUUUGACCUGGCAACGUCCAGCUUCCCCCCACUGCCCGGCUGUGUGGUCAGAACGCAGGGCGGGGAGCCCGUUCUGGAGAACCGCCUGUCGGACGUGGUGCGCGGCCUGAACAAGGAGAAGCCGGACGUGCCCAAAGAGCCUGCCGUCGGGUCUUCCGCCAUCCCUGAAGAGGCGAUCCGCAUCUCCACCCCCGCCCAGCCGGCCUGCAAACCGGCCCCGCCCGCCUCAGACCACCCCGCCUCCAGCAGUGCAAGCCGCCCGGAGAAGAAACUGGAAAAGGCGGAGCCCCCUGUGUCAAAAGAGACGCCCCCCGCUGCAGCCCCUUCCUCAGGCCCCGCCCCCCCAGCCCACACGCAGCACCCUCCCAGCACCAAACCUGCACGCGCCCCAGCUGGCCCCGCGACCGUCACGCCCACCCAGGCCCCGCCCACCACCGCGGCUCCUGCCCCGACACAUCCUGAGCCCCGCAAACUGAGCUACGCGGAGGUAUGCCAGCGGCCGCCCAAGGACCCGCCCCCUCCCUCCUCUGGCUCCGCCCCCCCGGCCUCCCAGCCCCUGCGCGAGCUGCGCGUCAACAAGGCGGAGGACCCCGCCCCCGCGAGCAGCAGCCCCGGCGAGCGGCAGGAGAAGCCCGCGGAGCGGGGCGGCGGCGGCGUGGAGGGCAAGGCCAGCGAGAACCGGCCGGCCCGCGACUCGCCCGGGGGCCACCGCGCCCACGGGCCCCCCAGGACGGGAGCCGGAGGCCUGAAAGUGCGGGACCAGAGACGGCCCCCCUUCGCCCGCCGCGGCUCCCCGCAGGGGGCGCCCCCUCCCUCGGGAAAAGAGCAGAACAUCCCGCCACAAUCGCCAAAGUAAAAAAAAAACUAAAGGACAAAUGAAUGAAAGAGGAGAGAAAACCUAUAAAUAAAUAAGUAAAUAUAUAAAUAUAUAUAAAAAUGAAUAUAUAUUAAUGGGUUAAAAAAGAAACUAAAAGAGCAGUGACUGCUCUCCCUCCCUGGGGGGUUGGACUGAAGUGGACUGGGACAUUCCAGGAAAACAGACAAAAACAAAAUAAUGUUUAAGAAAAUGAAAUCCCUGCACUGAAGGAGAGGGCGGACGGAUGAGGAAAUCAUUUCGGUUUCGCGCGUUUCCAUGGAUCCUUUCCUUCAGCUGAGCGCUGUGAUUUUAGUUGUGAUUUUUUUUUUUUUUCUUGUCUUGUCUGUUUGUGGGAGAGUGAGUGAUUGUGGGGGGGAGGGAGGGAGGGGGAGGGGUACCAUUGCCCUGGGAAAACCUCCCAUCAAAAGCAGAAAGAUCUGCUGGGCUACAAGAAACGCUAUAUGCUAAAAAGAGGCAUACGUUUCAAAAACCUUGACAUGCGAUGACGCAUCAUCCACUAUGAAUUUUAUUUUUCUUUACCUUUUUAAUUUAUUUAAUUUUUUUUUUUUUGUUCAGCUGCAAGAAAUCAAGCGUUUGCAGGCUAAUUUUACCGUCUGCUAGUAGGCCUGGUGUUGUGUUUUGGUGUUGUACUGAUGGCUAUGGCUAUGGGUCAUGGGUUUUCAUUAGGAGCGAGCUGAAGGCCUGGUGGUAAACUUGUGUUGGGCCUAGAUGACGAUCGCGUUGGACAGUGUGAUGGGCGGGACCCAGUUUGAGCCCCGCCUGCCGUCAUGCUCUGCUACGCUUGGGUCGGGCUUGGUUUUCAGCGAGAAUAGGCGUUGAUAUUAAACAUCAAAAGGAAGGGAAACCUAAACAUUCUUCCCUAAAAUUACCUGACGCCUGGGUCACAUUUCGAGACAACCUAAUGCCAGAGGUUGGGGUAUCGGAAACUGAGGGUGGGGACCUAGCGGAGGCUGAUGCAGUUGCAUCAGUGCUUAAAGCUGCUUUUCCCAAACUUGCCCAUCUGGUCUAAACCCAUAUUCUGCUCAUUUCUUUGCAUUGCUUGUUUGGACUCCACCUCUGUAUGUGUGAGUUUUGGGGGAGCAUGGAGAGAGAGUACAGGCGGGAUGUGUGAUUUUGGGAAGGGGGCUAGGUGUGUCGCUAAAUCGGUAAAUUUGAUUCCUGAUUCCCUCAUUUACACUCUUGCCCUCUGUCAGAGUAGGACAGCAGUAUAACUUGCAGAGCAGUAGUGUUGAUAGUAUACUUGCAGUGUUUCAGUGCGCGUUUCAAGUCCAGUCAUCCACCAGUCUGUACUGUACACCAGCUGCUGCACACCUCAAUCUGUUAACUGCUGUAAUGGAGCGGGCUGCUGCUCUGGGGCUGUGACCACUGUGGGCGGUACCUUAGGGGAGGGGAGGGGGGGAGGGAGUCUACUGGCUCAUUGGUAGGGUGCAUGUGUGUGAGAGUUAAGGCCAGCUGGUCUGGGUCUGGUAUGCCCAGGUUUUGAGUGUUUGGUUUGGUUUGGUUUGGGGUGUUUUAAUGGAAUUCCUUUUUUCCCCUCUCUAAUACUGGUUUUGAGAUUUGGUUGUCAGGGUCGGUUGUUCCCAGUGUGCUGUCGGGCCCAUUGACAGAGCUGGACCUGUAACAGGUGUGUGUCGUGGGUAGCGACCUGUGAUGUAGUAAACUUGGGGUGCCCUCGUUAGACCUCCCCACCCCAAACCGAGCCGCUCUGUCCCCCACAGCAGGUGCACAAGUCACUUCCACAGCUCGCACCCUUCAUUAAAGACGAAACGGCUUUGCUAUUAAUAACUUCCCGUGGUAGCUCACUGUAGGAAAGGGGGAGUUCUUCAACCUUUGCAUUUGCCUGGUGGUUCUUCUGAAACAUGGUCUUAAAAUGUCUGCGAUAUGUAUCUGGAAGGAUGGUUUUUGGUUGCUUUGGUCAUAUCUGGCAUUGGGAAACAAUUAUACCCUGUUUUACACUGCACCCCCUUUGAAUGAAGGGCUUUCACUGGGCAUUUUUUUACCUUUCAAAAGUCUUUUGACAGUCCUACUUGACCAACUGUUUGCCCCUGGAAACACAUGCACAGACACCUACCUGUUAUUGGAUUGGAUAUAAAGAAAUCUGUUAAGGCUUUUCGCUUCCUGUUUUGUUUGCUAGCCUGCCUGUUAAGUUGCCCGUAGCCAUCAGUCGGUAGCCUCCAGCUUGAUGAAAUGGUUUGAUUUGGGAUCAUUGUUCGUAUGUAUGUUUGUUUGGAGAUCUUAAGUUUCACUUGUGCUAAACUUUUACUUCUGGCCCUGGCAAAAGAUAACCCAUGUUUUUUGUUUUGUUUUCUUUCAUUUAUGACUGUAGUACAAGGUCUGUAGAGAAAGUUGGUUUGAAGUGACCACCACCUUAAAGGUGGAUGAGGAGGGAAACCAAAUGAGGUUAAUCCAUAACCACAGCUGUGGUUUUAUUCAUGGUUUCCUGAAAGAAUGCUGCCAGUUAGCAACUGCAGUCAAAUACAGAUGUUCUUCUGGGGCAGUGACAACAGCCUUUAAUUUGAGCUAGGAUGAGGGGGUGGAUUCAUCAUCCUUUCCAUUUACAGGAACUAACACUUGUAAAAAAGGGGUUUGCAUUUUUAUUCUUCAUUGCACAAGAAAACCAAAACUUUUGUGUCUUAGAAGCUGAUGGCUUUUUGGAAAGGAUUUUGUGUAUGCAGUUUGUUUCGUGAAUAAGAUGGUAUAAAAGGUGACUUUGCAUUAAAUGCAAAGCUUUAGUUUUCUUAUGCAUCAGUGUAGGAAAGAGCCUUUUCUAUCACUGAACCACAGUGUACAGUCUCAAAAUGCCCAGCGCCAACGGUAGACUCAAUGGGUGAAAGUAGCCGAUUGCACUAGGGACCCUUAACUGUUGUGAAAACGGUGGAAAUUGGAAAUUUGAAAGUGAGAACCAGUCGACUUAACGCUUUGUAUUUUCAGUUCACAUGUACCUUCCUGCCCUUCCCAAAAUGUCUGUUUUCUGAUAUGUAAUUGCCGCAGCCAGUGCAGACACAGAAGACCGUUUCUAUCAUCUCGACGACUUACUGUUAUUUUUUUGUUUGUUUUUCCUCCUCUGCUCCUGUAGGGGGCGAGACGACAAGCUUGGUGUGUCGUUGGUGCUGUAAUUAGAAUACUAGACUGACUACCGACUAGCUAUGAGGAAAAGGGUCUGUACUACAGUUUGAUUCAUUUACUCUUGCUUUUUAAAUCUUAUUUAUUGUAAUCCAAUGUGCGAAGCUUCUUUUAUUUUAUUUUCCCAAUGCCGUCAGGUUGGUGAUACCCUUCUUAGUGAGUGGAAUGACAGUGGGAAAGCAUUGUGUGAAAUAGCAUAUUCAUAUAUGGUUUGAGACUUCAGUUAAGCAUAUACUUGAUGUGUUGCUUGGGUUACAGCCAUGCAGUAAAUAAGUAAUUGAAUCACUGGGGAUGUUUUUUUUUUUUUUUUUUUUGAAUUUUGUCAUUCUUUUCAUUAAUUAAUUACUAAGAGCAGCUAGUGGUCUUGUGUAAUGAAAUGAAAUGCACUAACUUGUGUUCUUUUUUUAAUCUUACAUAAUGUGAAAAAUCAUUUUAGAAGUGUAAGUUGAUGAAAUCGAUGUUGACAGGCUUGCUUAAAUUUAGUUUUUUUUUUCUUUUCUUUUUUCCCCCUCAGUUUUGGGUAUUGUCUGUACAGUGAUUUAUUUUUGGGAUUUUGGAUUUUUUUGUUUUGGGAGGGGGGGGGGGGCAGUGUGGGAGGGGUGUGAGAAACUGGACACCUGAAGUGUUUGAGACACUGAAUUCUAGAUGUCUGAAUAAAAUCUGUUUGGGGGGAAAAAAUAAAGUACAAUGAUCUUG